AUGGGUUGUUGUGGCAGCAAAGAAAGAGUUCCACAAUCAGAUAUUAAUGGCUAUAGAUCAGGCACUGGUUAUUCAAGUCAGCAAACAGUUCCUCCUAGACAAACCCAUCAAACGUAUCAGCAACAACAACAUCGUGUUGCUCAGCCUCCCAAAGUGUCGGUCCCUCAAGCUCAAGCCACUUCACGAACAGGGCCACAGCCACAACAUGUGAAAGCUGCAGGAGCAAACACAAGGGAAGUUCAUGGGCCGGAAACAAUACUAGGUAAGCCUUUUGAUGACAUUAAACAGUUCUAUACUUUAGGUAAUGAACUGGGUAGAGGCCAGUUUGGAAUCACAUACUCGUGCACUGAGAAAUCAACUGGCCACACUUAUGCCUGCAAGUCAAUACUGAAGAGAAAGCUUAAGAAUAAACAAGAUACGGAGGACAUGAAGAGGGAGAUACUUUUAAUGCAACAUUUGUCUGGGCAACAAAACAUAGUUGAAUUUAGGGGUGCUUAUGAGGACAGGCAAUCAGUGCAUCUUGUGAUGGAGUUGUGCUCUGGUGGUGAGCUUUUUGAUAAGAUUAUUGCUCAGGGUCAUUAUACUGAGAGAGCAGCUGCUACUAUUUGUAGGGAUAUAGUGAAUGUGGUGCAUAUUUGCCAUUUUAUGGGUGUGAUGCAUCGUGACCUUAAGCCCGAGAAUUUCUUGUUGUCCAGCAAGGGUGAGGGUGCUAUGUUGAAGGCAACUGAUUUUGGACUGUCUGUAUUCAUUGAGGAAGGGAAAGUAUAUCGUGAUAUAGUAGGCAGUGCUUACUAUGUUGCUCCUGAAGUAUUACGACGUAGCUACGGAAAGGAAAUAGACAUUUGGAGUGCAGGAGUUAUUCUGUAUAUUCUACUUAGUGGUGUACCUCCAUUUUGGGCUGAGACUGAAAAGGGCAUAUUUGAUGUCAUUUUGAAAGGAGAGAUUGACUUUGUAAGUGAACCAUGGCCAUCGAUAUCAGACAGUGCCAAAGACCUUGUCAGGAAAAUGCUGACACAAGACCCUAGAAAACGAAUCACUUCUGCUCAAGUUCUUGAGCAUCCAUGGAUUAGAGAAGGUGGAACAGACAAGCCAAUAGAUAGUGCAGUCCUCUCUAGAAUGAAGCAAUUCAGGGCGAUGAAUAAACUCAAGAAGCUUGCAUUAAAGGUUAUUGCUGAAACUCUAUCUGAAGAGGAAAUUAAAGGUCUUAAAGCAAUGUUUGCAAACAUGGAUACUGAUAAGAGUGGCACAAUCACUUAUGAAGAACUGAAGUCAGGUAUGGCUCGACUUGGGUCAAAAUUGUCUGAAGCUGAAGUCAAACAACUCAUGGAAGCUGCUGACGUGGACGGAAAUGGCACAAUUGACUAUAUUGAAUUUAUCUCGGCUACCAUGCAUAGACACCGACUGGAAAGAGAUGAGCACCUGUUCAAAGCAUUUCAGUAUUUUGAUAAAGAUAGUAGUGGAUAUAUUACAAGGGAUGAACUAGAGACAGCAAUGAAGGAAUAUGGAAUUGGUGACGAAGCUAGCAUCCGGGAAGUAAUUUCUGAAGUUGAUACAGAUAAUGAUGGAAGGAUCAACUAUGAAGAGUUCUGCACAAUGAUGAGAAGUGGCCCACCGCAGCCUGCAAAACUCUUUUAG